GAUGUUGUGUGGAAAAACGUGAGCCAACCCACGUUUCAAGAAAAAACCACAACUGCAUCAAAACCUCCUUCUUUACUCUCUCUCUCUCUCAUUAUUUUAUUAAAAAAAACUCUCAAUCUGCUUUAAAAGCGUUUUUUAACUACUUCUUUUAUCACGAAUAAAGAUUUGCUGAUAUUCUCUGGUGUUGCUGUGUGUGUGUGCUCCUCUUCACUUGUGAGCUCUUCUUCACUUGUAAGCUCUUCCGAGAGCUCUUUCUUAUCUUAACUGCCCCCUGUUAACAUAAAAUGAGCAAAGUUCCAGUAAGGAUCCUUCUAUGGAUGUGUUGUUGUGUGUGGGUUUGUAACGGGGAUGAUGGAGAGUAUCUCCUCUACAAGGAUCCCAAACAGAAGGUCUCAGAUCGAGUUGUGGAUUUGCUAGGUAGAAUGACUCUUGAAGAGAAGAUUGGUCAGAUGGUUCAGAUUGACAGAAGUGUUGCCACUGUCAACAUCAUGAGAGACUACUUCAUUGGCAGUGUCUUGAGUGGUGGUGGGAGUGCUCCACUCCCUGAAGCAACUGCUCAGAACUGGGUUGAUAUGAUCAAUGAGUAUCAGAAAGGAGCUCUUGUCAGCCGUUUGGGCAUUCCUAUGAUAUAUGGCAUUGAUGCUGUUCACGGCCAUAACAAUGUCUUCAACGCUACCAUCUUCCCUCACAAUGUUGGCCUUGGAGCCACCAGGGAUCCUGAUCUGGUUAAGAGGAUUGGAGCAGCAACUGCUGUAGAAGUCAGAGCCACUGGAAUCCCAUACACAUUUGCUCCUUGCAUUGCAGUUUGUAGAGAUCCAAGAUGGGGCAGGUGUUAUGAGAGCUACGGAGAGGAUCACAAAGUUGUGGAGAACAUGACUGACAUCAUACUUGGCUUACAAGGAGAGCCUCCUUCUAACUAUAAGCAUGGAGUUCCCUUCGUUGGUGGAAAGGAUAAAGUUGCAGCUUGUGCCAAGCAUUAUGUGGGAGAUGGUGGGACAACCAGAGGAAUAAACGAGAACAACACAGUGACUGAUCUACACAGUCUCCUCAGCAUUCACAUGCCUGCUUACGCUGAUGCAAUUUACAAAGGCGUUUCCACAGUGAUGGUUUCUUAUUCUAGCUGGAACGGUGAGAAGAUGCAUGCUAAUACAAAGCUCAUCACAGGGUAUCUCAAGGGUACCCUUAAGUUUAAGGGUUUUGUUAUUUCGGAUUGGCAAGGCGUUGAUAAGAUCUCUUCACCUCCACAUUCGAACUACACGGCUUCUGUCCGAGCUGCUAUUGAAGCUGGGAUAGAUAUGGUCAUGGUCCCUUUCAACUUUACUGAGUUUGUCAAUGAUCUCACCUCCUUGGUGAAGAACAAAGUGAUUCCUGUCACCAGGAUUGAUGAUGCUGUGAGAAGAAUCCUGCGUGUCAAGUUCACAAUGGGUCUCUUUGAGAACCCUUUAGCUGAUUACAGCUUCUCCAAUGAACUAGGAAGCCAGGCACAUAGAGACUUGGCAAGGGAGGCUGUGAGGAAAUCACUUGUGCUGCUGAAAAACGGGAACAAGACCAAUCCUAUGCUCCCACUUCCCAGGAAGGUUUCGAAGAUCCUAGUCACUGGCACUCACGCUGAUAAUUUAGGUUAUCAGUGUGGUGGUUGGACCAUUACUUGGCAAGGGUUUAACGGUAACAAGGACACGAGAGGGACUACGAUUCUUGGCGCUGUAAAAUCAGCUGUUGAUAAAACCACCGAAGUCAUCUUCAACGAGAAUCCAGACGCUGAGUUCCUCAAAUCCAACAACUUCUCUUACGCAAUCAUCGCUGUUGGUGAACCUCCAUACGCAGAGACAGCUGGAGACAACGACAAGCUAACCAUGAUGGACCCCGGUCCAGCCAUCGUGACCUCCACUUGUCAGGCUGUCAAAUGUGUGGUUGUGGUCGUUUCAGGGAGACCGCUUGUGAUGGAGCCUUACGUUGACUCGAUAGAGGCAUUGGUUGCAGCUUGGCUACCGGGAACAGAAGGCAAAGGUGUCGCUGACGCUCUCUUUGGGGACCAUGGCUUCAGUGGGAAGCUUCCUGUUACGUGGUUUAGAAACACGGAGCAGUUGCCUAUGAACUUUGGAGAUUCGCAUUAUGAUCCGUUGUUUGCUUAUGGGACUGGUCUUGAAACUGAGUCUGUUGUGAGCACUGUUGCUAGGUCAACCUCAGGUUCUGCUGCUGGUGCAAAGCCAUGCUUAAUCACACUUCUUGUUUGUCUGUUUUUCUUCCCAAGCUUGAGCUGGGGUUUGAGGAGAUGAGAGAAGCUGCAAACGCUUGGAGUUGUUUUUUUGUACGCAGUGUAGUUCUUGUAGCCCUAGCUAGAAGAGAUUCUGAAUCUGUGUCAUGUUAUGUUUAGAGUUAUAUUGCAAACCUGGAACAUUCUUAAAUGAUUAAACUCAAGUUCUUGAAUUUCUACUGACAGUAUCUCUGCUUUUAAAUCA